AUGACAGACCUCCAGGAAAUCGCCGCCAAGUUGCCCCUUCCCAAAUGGACCCAGACACCAGAAGAAAUCCUCCAGGAAGCAAAGGCCUUCAUUGCUGAAGAUGUGGCUUUUCACGAUAAGAUAGCCGCCAUUGAGGAGCCUACAGUGGAGAACGUGUUGAUUCCAACUACCCGUUAUGAAAACGCCCUGUACUUUCCCGUAAACAAACUCACGUUUUACCAGUACGUGUCGCCCGAUAAGGCCGUCAGAGACGCCUCUACGGAAGCAGAAAACUUGUUGGACCAGAACUCCAUUGAGCAGAACCUGAGAAUCGAGGUGUUCAGGGUCUACAACAAGUUGUGGGAGCAGAUCAAGGACACGGAUGUGGUGGACCCAGAAACGUUGAAGUUUUUGGAAAAGACCGUCAAGUACUACAAGAGAAACGGCUUGGACUUGCCAGAGGACAAGAGAGAGGAGGUCAAGAAGCUCAAGUUGAGAUUGGCUGAUCUCCAGACCAAGUUCUCCAAGAACACCAACGAGGAAAACGGCCACUUGGCUUUUACCUUGGAGGAGCUUGAAGGCGUGCCUGCGUCGAUCGUGGAGCAGUUCGAAAAGACCACCCAGGACGGCGUGGAAAAGUACAAGGUCACCUUCAAGUACCCAGACAUCUUGCCCGUGUUGAAGUACGCCAAGAAGGAGGAGACCAGAAAGUUGGCCUACAUCGAAAACCAGAACAAGGUGCCUGAAAACGCCCCUAUUUUGCGUGAAAUCAUCGAAAUCAGAUUCAAGCUCGCCAAGCUCUUGGGCUACGAGACCUACUCCGAGUUUGUGCUUGAGGAGAGAUUAGCCAAGAACCAAAAGACCGUCUUGUCGUUUUUGGACGACUUGAAGGAGAAAUUGAGCCCAUUGGGCAAGAAGGAGCUCCAGAAGAUGAAGGAGUUCAAGACCAAGCUGUUGGAAGCUCAAGGCUCUCCUGCCCAGGAUGCCUACUACGCCUGGGACCACAGCUACUACAACAACUUGCUCUUGGAGCAGGAGCACCAGGUGGAUCACCAGAAAAUCUCCGAAUACUUCCCAUUGGACCAGACCAUCGAGAAGAUGCUUGGAUUCUACGAGACCUUGUUUGAUGUGAAGUUUGUCAGCGUCGACAACCUGGACAAGCUGACCGUGUGGCACGAGGAUGUCCGCAAGUUUGCCUUGUUCUCCAACAUCAAGUACAACGAGACCAAGAACGAGUUCAGAGGCUGGAUCUUCUUUGACCUCCACCCCAGAGAAGGAAAAUACACACAUGCCGCUGAGUUUGAGCUCGAGGCUGGCUACGAAAAAUACGACGGCUCCAGACAAACGCCAUUCUGCUCCUUAGUGUGCAACUUCACCAAACCCCAAAAGGAGAAGCCAUCCUUGUUGAAGCACGAUGAGGUGACCACCUUCUUCCACGAAUUGGGUCACGGUGUCCACUCGCUUUUGUCCAAAACCAAACACGUUCGUUUCCACGGUACCCACGUUCCAAGAGACUUUGUGGAGUGUCCCUCGCAAAUGCUUGAAUUCUGGACCUGGUCCCCCAAUGAGCUCAAGACCUUGUCUGCUCACUACCAAACCAAGGAGCCUCUUGCUGAAGACCUUCUUGACAAAUUGAUCAAAUCGAAGCAUGUCAACACUGGUUUGGCCAACUUGCGCCAGAUGCACUUUGCUCUUUUUGACAUGAAACUCCACACCAUCGCUGAUGAACAAGGCAUUGAAUCGGUUGACCUUGACAAGUUGUGGAACGAAUUGAGAGAAGAGCUUACCCAAAUGAGCGGAGGCGGUCUUACCAGCAGAGGUUACGCCACUUUUGGCCACAUUGCUGGUGGUUAUGAGAGUGGUUAUUAUGGCUACUUGUACUCCCAAGUUUUCGCAACCGACAUCUACUACACUCACUUCAAGUCGGACCCAAUGAACGUGGAGAGAGGCUUACAGUACAGAGACACCAUUCUUAAAAACGGUGAUUCCAAGGAGGUUUUGGAUAUUUUGAAGGAGUUGCUUGGUAGAGAGCCCAACUCGGAGGCUUUCAUGACCGAGAUCUUGGGCUCCGCCUAA